AGACAUUGUGGCCCAGCUUCCCCUGAAAGCGCUUCAGCUUCCUAGGUCUUCCGAAGUCCCAAGAUGGCCGUGGUGUCUUCACUCCGAGCAUCUUCGCCAAAGCCCACCGGCCUUGAGGUCAAGGUGCGCAGUGACAAGAGUUUGGAGAUUUGCUGGGACUCUUGUGCAGCGACCGCAGAAGUUGAUGCCUGCUUUGAGCUGGAGAUUCAGCACUUCUCCUUUGCAGGGCCAAUGAUUCAGCCGGAUCACUCGACUGUGAUGGAGGUAAAUGCUCUUGCAGCGCACGUGUUGCAUCCCGAGCGUCUUCGAAAAGAUCAAGCUUGGGUGGUCAAGAUUGGCCUCAGAGGCAAAUCGGAACAGGGUUCAGCAAAUGAAGCAAGUUACUUGGGAUGACGAGCUUCCAGAGAAGGUCUCCAAGAAGG